GCAUUCACUUGCUACUUUAUCGAAUAAUAGUGGAAUAAAGUUAACCACUAUUCAAAAAGUAUUGGGACACAGUGAUAUUAACACUACCUCCAACUAUAUUCACAAUUCCUAUGAAGAAAUAUUUAAAGAUUAUA